CAGCUAAAGUAAAAUGCAAAUUUAUUACUAUUGUAUUCUGAACAUUUUUCUUAGCAAAUGGACGCUCUAUUUGUUGGAUCAGAAAAGAGAAAAGAGGAUAAUUUCCCAAUUCAUCCAAGGUUUUGUUUGCGAUAUCCGUUAGAAAAACAGGCAAGAAAGGAGAACCAAUCUCGCGAAUCUCGGUGAAGCAAAUGCAACUGAAGGUAGUUAACACGCAACAAUCUUGUCCUUGGUCCGUGGACAUUAGUAUAAAGGAAACUGUACGAGCACCACGCGGAGCAGAUUGAAGAAAACCUCGAUGCGCAACCAUGCCGGCCAACGAGGAAACUUUGAGCGUCUCCUCUGAUCAAAUAAGAAAUAAUUUCUUGGGGAAAGUUUGUGACAACAGUUUACAAAGCAAUCCUGCUCGUGUAUCUUCCGACGACGAUGAAGAGGAUUGUCAAAAUUGUCCAGAAUUUAUUAUCAACAAAGACAACGAAGAAAAUUGUAAUUAUAAAAGUCUUCCAGUGCGAGAGGUCCAUGAAAAGUUUAUGAAGAGUUUUGUCGAUCUACUUCUGAAAGAAGCAGUUUUUGAGGGAACUUCAAGGAAAAACAGAGUAGUGGAAUGGAUGGAACCAGCAGCACUUCAAUCAGCUAUUGAUUUAAAAUUGUCUGACCAAGGAUCAUCUCAUAAAAAGCUUGCUACUCUUGCCCGCAAUAUAAUUAAAUACAGCGUAAAAACAGGCCAUCCUCGAUUCAUAAAUCAGUUAUAUUCCAGUGUGGAUCCGUAUGGUCUUCUUGGGCAAUGGUUAACAGACGCCUUGAACCCUUCAGUCUAUACUUAUGAAGUUUCUCCAGUGUUUUCCUUAAUGGAAGAGGAGGUACUGUACGAAAUGAGAAAGAUAGUUGGCUGGAAGGAUGGCAGAGGUGAAGGAAUAUUCUGCCCUGGUGGUUCUAUUGCCAAUGGCUAUGCAAUUAAUCUGGCACGGCACUAUAGGUUUCCCGAGUUGAAAGAGUUAGGUUUAUCCGGUGCUGGCAGAUUAAUAAUUUUCACAUCCAAAGAUUCUCACUACUCUGUCAAGAAACUCAGUGCAUUUUUGGGAUUAGGUACUAGUAAUGUCUACGAAGUAAAAACUAACAGUACAGGAAAGAUGUGCGUAACAGACCUAGAAGCACAGAUUAAGAGAGCUCUUGACGAAGAUGCAGUGCCUUUGAUGGUCUCUGCCACAGCAGGAACUACAGUUCUAGGUGCCUUCGAUCCAUUAAAAGAGAUAGCCCUUAUUUGCAAGAAAUACAAUCUGUGGUACCACGUAGAUGCAGCUUGGGGAGGGGGAGCUUUGAUGUCAAAGAAGCACAGGCAUCUCCUGGCUGGCGUCGAGCUGGCAGAUUCUGUCACUUGGAAUCCACACAAAUUGUUGGCCGCUCCACAGCAAUGUUCGACAUUGUUAUUGCGUCACGAGGGUCUCCUGCAAGCAGCGCACGGUUCAAAAGCCAGUUAUCUCUUUCAACCUGAUAAAUUUUAUGAUACUUCUUUCGACAGUGGUGACAAGCACAUUCAGUGCGGCCGGAGGGCAGACGUGCUGAAAUUCUGGUUUAUGUGGAAGGCGAAGGGCACUCGAGGAUUGGAGAAACACGUGGACCGAGUGUUCGAACUGGCGCGGUACUUCACAAAUUACAUAAGACACCGAGAAGGCUUUAAGCUGAUGCUCGAACCCGAGUGCACCAACGUUUGUUUCUGGUACGUGCCACCCUCGAAACGUCACUUGCAAGGCGACGAACUAUCGAAGGCUCUCCAGAAAAUCGGGCCAGCCGUGAAGGAGCGUAUGAUGAAGAAGGGCUCGAUGUUGAUCACGUAUCAGCCUCUAUGCGAGUUACCUAACUUUUUCAGACUCGUUUUGCAAAACUCUGGGCUCACCGAGGCUGACAUGAGAUUCUUCGCAGAGGAGAUUGAGAGGCUCGCCGUUGAUCUGUAGAAUUUGUACCUUUUGAAUUAAAGUUUUAGUUAUGUAGCUUUCAAUUUCGCCAAGAAUUUCUGUUAACAGCGAAAGCUUUCAAUAAAAAAAAAAUAUAUAUAUACACAUAUUUUUUAAAUAAUAA